UAAUAUCGUUUAGUUCACACUGCCUUUUUAAAAUGUUUAUUUAUUUAUUUAGCUUCUAUGGAUGAGUGUUCUACAGUUAUACUAUACCUGUUACGAAACAGUUCAAAGUUAAUUAUAAAUGGAAGUGUUCAUGUAUAUAAUCCGUUAAAACGUUCAUCCCAUGUUCGGAGUGUUUAUUAUGGCUGAAUUAUGGUUGAGAAAGUGUGCCACCUCGUGGUGAAAUAUUAUCGGUACAAACUUUGUAUUGACGCCCUCAGCUACAAAUCUGUAACAGUUUAAAAAAAUUGUGCUGACUGUGUCCUUCCCCCCUCCUUUCUCUUAAAGUCAACUUAAUUCUCUCAAAAGUCAGGUGGACAUGGCGUAGUGCCAUAGUGUUAGCAUGCCACAUAGAGAGAUAGCGAGAGAGACAGACAGACAGGCAGAGAGAGACAGAAAGGGGAGAGGAGCCAGUGGAAAUGUUAUCUUCAUCUUCAUGUCUCAGUCAAGCAUUUGUUGUAAUUUGUUGUUAAAUAUGAUCCCAGUUUUCCACUUUCUUUUCUAGAAUUCCUUGUGAGUGGAGUGUGGAGGACAUGUAUGCAACAGCAGCUGUUUGUAGUUAAUUGGUCAAUGGCCUGGUCCUUUAUGAACAUGUAUGUAGGGACAGGUUGAGUCUCCGCCCCCUGCACUGCUGAGAAGUCUUCAGACCUGUUGGGUCUUCGUUGGAUUGAGCUUUGUGAGCUCCUUGAGGUCUCAGGGGCUGGCUGUAGGGCUGGGUUACACCUCUUUCAUUCCCCCUUUCAGUCUCCUGAGUUUUUUUCUCUCCAUUCACACACACGUACACACAGUGUUCUGUUCCCCAAAACCCUUCUGUCCUGGGCUCAGAGGCCAGGAGAGGAGAGGCGAGGAGAGGAGAGGAGAGGAGCAGUUACCGGGAGUUUGUCCUUUGAGGAGAGAGGAGCCCUGAGCGACUCUUCGCCAUGGCGGGAUACUUCAUAUUCCUCAAAAGCUUGGUCCUUCUGCAGAUGCUGUGUCUAGCCCUGGCUCAAGUGACCGGUCCACCUGGUGGAACAGCGGGCCCACCCGGUCCCCCUGGCCCCGCUGGAACUCCUGGAGCCGACGGCAUUGAUGGGGAAACAGGACCUCCUGGACCCCCUGGGCCACCUGGGCAAAAAGGAGAACCGGGAGAACCAGGCCCAGAUGGACCACCAGGAGAAGAUGGGAUUGAUGGUCUGAUUGGGGCAAAGGGUGAACGAGGUCCUAUUGGUAGUCCUGGACCAAAGGGUCAGCCAGGACCCACAGGUCUACAGGGACCAACUGGACCUGGGCUUCCUGGACUUCCUGGGGCCCCUGGCCCAAUCGGACUUCCUGGUGAAAUUGGCGCAACUGGACCAAAGGGUGAGAUGGGUUCACCUGGACCUCCAGGAUUGCUGGGACCCCCAGGGAAACCUGGACCUCCUGGGAAGUUCUUGGGUGGAGAGGAAGGCAGUGCUGACUUCGAGUGCCCGACCAACUGCCCAGCAGGACCCAAAGGCCCACAGGGACUGCAGGGAGUGAAGGGACACAAAGGUCGCCCUGGUGUUUUGGGAGAUCCAGGAAGCAUUGGCAAACUGGGCACAAAGGGAGAUGUGGGAAUCUCUGGUGAACAAGGAAUACCUGGCCCUCCAGGACCACAAGGUCUGAGGGGAUAUCCAGGAAUGGUUGGACCCAAAGGGGAAACAGGCCCUCGGGGUUAUAAAGGCAUUAGUGGACCCAUUGGUAUUCCUGGAAUCCCAGGUGAGGAGGGACCCCAGGGACCGCCUGGAGAUGCUGGAGACAAAGGUGAUGUGGGUGCAACUGGCAUUAGAGGACCACAAGGAGCUGUUGGGAAGAAGGGAGAGAAUGGCCUUCCAGGAAUUGAUGGUAAAGAUGGUACUCCAGGCAUCCCAGGAAUAAAGGGUGCUCCAGGGCAGAGUGGUAGGCCUGGUCCUCCUGGCCACCAGGGGACAGCAGGACUUCCUGGCAGCCCUGGUGUCAAAGGUGGAGUUGGAGAUAAGGGAGAACCAGGGCCUAGGGGUUUGCCUGGAAUGCAGGGUGCUCCUGGACCUCAAGGUGAGCCUGGACCUCCAGGUGAAGCUGGAAUGCAGGGAGUUCCAGGGCCAAAGGGUGACAGAGGUGAAAGAGGACCUGUUGGACCCCAGGGGAUUGUGGGCAAAGCUGGAGGCAAAGGAGAGAGAGGACCUAUGGGUGUACCAGGGGCUCAAGGACUCCCUGGAACUAAAGGCGAUAAGGGAUUCCAAGGAAAAGUGGGGCCAAAGGGAGACUUUGGUGACCCAGGAGUAGAGGGACUGGCUGGUGAAAAAGGAGAAAAGGGAAUAUCUGGUGAGCCAGGUCCCAAAGGGCAGCAAGGUAUAAGGGGAGAUCCUGGACACAAUGGCCCCACUGGUGAUCCAGGUAAACCAGGAGACCAAGGCCCUCCAGGUCUACCAGGGCCUAGAGGACUCGGUGGAGAGAGAGGAGUACCUGGGAUGCCAGGAAUACAGGGAGCAGCUGGUCGUGAUGCUUCAGAUCAGCACAUUAUUGAGGUGGUCCUAAAAAUGCUGCAAGAGAGGUUAGCUGCAGUAGCAGUCAGUGCUAAGAGGGCAGUGUUGGGUGGAGCAGGAGUAAUGGGACCUCCUGGACCACCAGGACCACCAGGGGCUGCAGGAGCACAGGGACCUCAUGGACUCCCUGGCCCUAGAGGAAUCCCUGGAAUAAUUGGUGCUCCUGGUCAGAUUGGCAACACCGGACUCAAAGGAAAGAGGGGGCCAAAGGGAGAGAGAGGAGAUCCAGGUCGCCCACACCCUGGCCCGCCAGGACCUCCAGGACUUCCAGGUCCUCCUGGUAUCGAUGGCGUGGCUCGGGAUGGUAAGCCAGGUGAAAGGGGUCCUCAGGGUGUUGCGGGAGAGGCAGGUCGCCCUGGAAAAGCUGGAUCUCCUGGUCUGCCUGGAUUCUGUGAGGCAGCAGCCUGCUUAGCAGCCUCAGCCUAUACUUCACCCAGACUACAGGAGGCUGGCAGAGUCAAGGGCCCGUCCACUUAAAAUCAGCCCUUUUUUGGGGUAUCACAACAUCUGAGAGAGAGAGAGAGAGAGAGUGAGUGAGAGAGAGAGGGUAAGAGAGAAAGAAAGGAACAAAUCCUUUCCUUCAAUGGACACCAUUGUGAAGAGGGGAGGGCUGAGUCCAGAGUGACUGACGUUCCUAUUAACUGUCUGUUCUGUCUGAUGGAAUUUUCAUUGCAAUGGCAUUUCUCUUACAAUGGCAAGUACUUAGUCAAUCGGUUUCAGAUGAUAAAAUCCAUGGUGGGUAGUAGUCAAUGUCAGUCACUUUGGAACAUGCCAUCUCCACAGAACAGAGAGACAUAAAAACAUAUUCUGUGACAUCUUUGAUGAGAUAAUCUUCACUUGCCCAGGACUAUGAAGAACUGAAAGACUGAAGUCCAAACACAGGUGCUUUUCCAUUGUGGUCACUUUAAAUGUUGUUUUUUUGCAAUUCUUUUAAAAUCUGGAACAAAAAUUUCAAAUAUUUGUUUUUUUAAAGAGGACCCAUAUAUCUAUUUGCCCCAACACAAAUAUCUGCCCCUAACAGAUGUCCAUUAUGUACCAAUAAAAUACUGCAUCCCAAAGCCACAGUAGAAACUUUUGUAAGACUAAUUUACUUCACAUUUGCUUGAGUAAAACGCUUUCACAGCUCUUGUGUUUAUAGCACAUGUAUACAUUACUGCCCCCUUUGUACCUGACUUGUCUCAGAUUAAAAACCAUUGAAAACAUUGAUCUCUUCCUCUAAGUUGCUCAGCAUGUUCUGGUCAACAUUAUUAAUGAUUCCUUGCUGUAAAUCUUUGUAAAUGUGUGUUUAUUUUAUAUGAAAAGGGGGGCUUUUCAAGUGAAAAUACAGAAAGACACUAAACGUUAAUGAAUAUAAUCAGUGUUUCACAUCAAAUUCCAAAAGAACUCACAGUCACCUUCUCUGUGAAGCAACAAUAUUUGAUGAAUUUUGCCACAUAAAUAGAGAAAAUAACUGAUUAUCUUCAUUGACAAAAGACUAUUUAUUGUGCCUUAUUUGGUUCAUUUGUAAACAGUCUUAGUAUUUUUUUUUUCAUGGUUGUCAACCCAGGUCAACCCAAAUCAAUAAAGAGGAACGUUUUGUAAGACUGAAUGUUCUUCUGUAUGGUGUGAAGGUCUCGAAAAAAACUGCU